AUGAGCGAAGAGAAGGGUCUAGAUCUCUCCUCAUUGAGGAAUAAGAUCUCUUCGAAGUUAAAUAACAACCAAAAGCCUUCGAAGAAAAGCAAAAGUGCAAAAAAGACUAAGAAAGAAUCGGAAAAGUCUCAAACUAAGGUCGAUGAGGAAACCAAGACCACUGCAAAAACACAAGAUGACUUGAAAAGUGACGGGCCGGAAACAGAGCAAGAAAUUUUACGUAGGGAAGCUAUAGCUCUCGGCGCCUCCGAAAAAGAUUUGGAAUUGGUGGAAGGCAUCAGUGAUAGCGAUGGAGCCAGUGAACAAGAAUUCGGCGAUGAUGCUGGUGAUCUUGACAACGCUUUUAAAGACGAUUUCCAGAACUUUUUGAAAGGGAUUGGUCUCGAUAAGGGAGCUCGUCCCUCUGAAGUUGAGAUUGACGCAAAUGAGAACUCAGAAGAAUCUGAAAACGAGAUGGAAUCCAAAGAUGAGGAGGAUAUCGAUCAAGAAGAUGAGGAAAAUGAAGCUGAAAUUGUCGAGGAAAACGAAGCUGAAAUUGAAGAAGAUGCCGAGGAAGGCUCUUAUCUUAGUCAAGACUCCGAACCCGAGACCGCUGAAAAAAAGAAGGACAAAAAUCUGAUUACUGAGACACACCUUGUGAGCUCCGACAAGUUGCUGAUACCUUCAGAUGUCACCUGGUACCAAAUUCCUCUAGAUCCAGAGAUUUCAAAAGAGCAUGACCAACUCACGCAUGAUCAAAUUGAAAAGCUUUAUCAAAGAGCUAAGGAUGCGUUAGAAGGCGACAACGCACUAUAUUACGAAGAGUUUACCAAGAAUUCAUCACAAAGAAAGUUUAUGUCCCAAAUUUUAUCAGAUGGUACUUUGAAUGAUAAAAUCUCGGCCCUGACUUUAUUAAUUCAAGAAUCACCACUUCAUAACACAAAAUCGUUGGACACACUACUGGCAUACUGUGGUAAAAAGUCUAGGACAUCUGCAUUGCAAAGUUUGAAUGCUCUAAAGGAUCUUCUUUUGAACGGGCUGCUGCCUGACCGUAAAUUAAGGUUUUUCAAGAAUCAGAAUCUGUCAAUGAUGCUGAACAAGAGGACCUUGGCAAUUCUUUACUUUGAAGAUUAUCUUAAGAGAUUAUAUUUCACGGUUCUUGAAACCAUCGAAAAAAUAUCCCAUGAUCCAAUUAUUUACGCGCGGAUGCAAGUGUUGACGCAUAUUUUCGAUCUUCUUACGGCGAAGCCCGAGCAGGAGUUUAACCUGUUGAGACUUGGAGUCAACAAGCUAGGUGAUAUCGAUAAGAAAGUCUCUUCCAAGACAUCGUUCCAAUUGCUGAAAUUAGAGCAAGCCCAUCCCAAUAUGAAGUCAGUGGUCAUCGAUGCGAUUGUCGAUGUGGCCUUAAAGCCAAACGCUGAUUACCACACCACAUAUUACGCCGUUUUGACAUUGAAUCAAACCAUUUUGAAAAGAUCAGAAGAUACGGUUGCCAAUAAACUCAUUAAGACAUACUUCACUCUUUUCGAGAAAUAUUUACUGGUGACAGACUCUUCGAACGAAGAAAUUGGGGACAACGCACCUAAGAACAAAAAGACGUACGAAAACAAGCGCAAGAAAAACUUUAAAAGAGGUAAAAAGGGUGGAAAGUCCGUCAAGGAUGAAAGAACCGAGAAGGAGGUCAUUGAUGAGAAGAAUUCGAAGCUUUUCUCAGCCAUUAUCACGGGUAUAAAUCGUGCAUUUCCUUUCGCAAACAUGCCUGCUAGCGUGUACGAGGUGCAUUUGGACACUCUUUUCAAGAUCACACAUGCCUCGAACUUCAACACCGCUGUGCAAGCAUUGGUGCUAAUUCACCAGGUCGUGGUCAAGGCGGAACUUAACAACGAUAGAUUCUACAGAACGCUGUAUGAGAGUUUGUUGGACCCCAGACUCGUGACGUCGUCGAAGCAAGGUAUCUAUCUGAACCUGCUGUACAAGUCGCUAAAAAGUGAUGGAAACGUGCCCCGUGUGGAGGCGUUUGUGAAGAGAAUUCUGCAAGUGUGCACGAACUGGUUGAACGUGGGCUCACUGUCAGGAAUGCUGUUCCUGCUGCUGCAAUUGAGCAGAGCGGUUCCGCAGAUUCGGAACCUGUUCACGAACACCAUGGUGGACGGCGAAUAUGCGUCUGACGACGAGGACGACGCGCGCCAGAAAAAAGUGUACGACGGUAAGAAAAGAGACCCCAAAUUUGCCAACGCAGACAAGUCGUCCGUGUGGGAGAUCGCACACUUCCUGAAGCAUUACCACCCCACAGUGCAGACAUACGCCCAGGCGUUUCUGGCGACGUCGGACGACGUGCCGAAGCCGGAUCUGGGCCUGUUCACGCUGGCACAUUUCCUCGACCGUUUCGUGUACCGGAACGCGAAACAGAAGCCUGCAACGCGUGGGUCCUCGAUCAUGCAGCCGCUAGGCGGAGCGCACACGGGCGCGCUGCUAGUGAAGGCGUCGGACCGCGCCGAAGAGGCGGUGCCAGCGAACACGCAGGACUGGCUCGCCAAGAAAGCAGAGGAGGUCGUUCCCGACGAACGCUUCUUCUACCAGUAUUUCAGCACCAAGCAGAACGCGAUCAAGCGCGCCGAGAAGGGCAAGUCCGAGCGCGACGUUUUCGACGACGAGAGCGACCUGGACGAGGACGAAGUGUGGGACGCGCUGGUCAAGUCUCGGCCCGACGUGGAGGACGACGACGAAGAGGACGUCUCGCUGGACGAUCUGUCGAUGUCGGAUUUCUCGGAGAGCGACGGGGACGACGACCUGGCGAGACAGCUGGCCGAGGACGAGGACGCGGACGCGGACCACUUCGACUCCGACUCCGACUCCAACGACGACGACGACGACGGCGCGGACGCCGACGGCGACGUCUUCUACAGCUUUGCAGACGACGAGCCCACCACAUCCACCCGGAAGAGAUCACGCGAUGAGUCGCACCUGGAUGACUCCGCAGACUCUGCCGAUUCCGCCGGUUCUGACAGCGACGGCGGCAGCGACCUGGGUGCAGAACUGGAUGCCGAGCCGGAUACCGACGCUAUUGCCGACGCAGACGCCGGCCUCGGGUCUACGACCCCGAAUCCCGCUUCUGCCAAACGCCGCUCCAGGAAGAUGCUCAAGAGUCUACCGGUGUUUGCAUCCGCAGACGAGUACGCACAGUACCUCGAUUCAGACUAG